UGACGCUCUCUUGUCCCCAGUCUCUCGUUUUUGUCUUCUCUUUCGUGCUUCGCCCUCCGGCUUCUUCGCCGCUGCGGACCACAUCAUGGCCAACAUGUUGCUGGCUCUCGGGCGGCCGCAACGUCAAGGCGCCACCCGUAGUCUCACCACCACCCUGGCCGUGUCUCUCGUUUGGCUCCUUGCCCUCGCCCGCCUCGCCGACGCCUCACAAUGGACCGUCACCGCUUACUACGCCAUAUCCAUCACGACAUACAGCUACACGUACAGCAACUACCAGUACACGACGACCCGCGUGUAUACCGACAGCAACCUGCUAUCCCUCAGGCCGAGCGCGUCGACGCUCCCAGCCUCGGCGGCCGUUUCGUCCAUCACGCUGGGCAGCGGCGACGAGGACGUCGAGACGGUUCGCAUCUACCUGCCAAUGUCCGUCGUGCCGUCGUCGGACAUUAGCGUCUACCGCGGCGUCGACCGCUCGUCGAGAUACGAGUACACGUAUUACGUGCAGCCCGUGGCGUACACGGCCCCCGCGUCGUGUCCCACGCCCUUCACCGUCACGUCCUCGCGCAGCGUCUCCCUGCCCAGCGCCGUCGCCGCCCAGGUGACGCCGACGUCCACCAGCAGCACCGUCCGCGACUAUGGCGACGGCACGCUCUACACGACGGUCAUGGCCUACAUUGACAAGACGUACUGGCCGACGGGGUCCUCGCUCUCGAGAGACUAUACCUACAGCUACUACGUUUCGAGAUGCGUGAACCCGCAGUCUUCGUCGACCCCGCGGACGACUUCGCGAUACCUGGGAGGGGGCAACGACAGCGGGCCCGGCAAUCGCGACGGCGACGUCAACAGCGGCAGCGCCCUAUGCGGCGACGAUGGGUCCGGCUGUGUCGGCGGUGUCCCCAUCUGGGGCAUCGUCCUCGCGGCGGUCCUUCCCUCCGUCUUCCUCCUCGGCUUCGUCGAGUCCUUCCUGUGGUUCCGCAGGCUCAUGCUCGGUAAGAGCGCCAUGCGCUUCGCCACCAUUUCGUGGAUCCUCCUGUGCCCGCCCAUCAUCUUUCUCAUGCGGCGCGUCCCGCCGCGCCUGGUAGAGGAUCAGGAACGCCUGCGGGAGCAGUGGGCCGGCAUGGGGGCCGGGCACAAGAUCCGUCUGUGGGCGAAGCUGGGGCUGCGGCACCGCUAUCCCUUUGAGGUGCUCGGCGAGCACGACAACUGGAAGCCCGACGGGUACCUGGACGAGAGCAGCUUGUCGACGACGACAACGCCGGCUAUGAGCGCGGCGUAUUCGACGCAGCCCAUGGUGCAGCGUCCGCAAGAGUCGCUGCAGCCGCAGGUGGCGAGCCGGGGCUCAAGUAUUCGACACCAGCAGCAGCACCAGCGGAGAUCUCAGUCGCAGCGGCUGUCGACGGGCAUGCCAACGAUUCCCGAGCAGCCCCGCGUCCCGCCGCAAGCACGGCUUGCCGGAGAGGGUUCGCCCCCGUCCGCCGUGUCGAGCGUAUCCGACGCGGCCCCUGUUUCUGAACCGACACCGCCCCCGAUGCCACCCCGGAGACCCGACGGUCACUCAGAGGCCGGGCCGUCCAAUUCGAGACCAGAUGGAGGCUCGCAGGCGUGAAGGUGUGGUGAUGGAAGAUGACGGCCAUUGGAGGAUCCUCGGGAGUUGAUUUGAACGUUGGUCCGAUACCCAGCCAGGCAUGCUCAGCGAAUUGCAAUGAUUCUUCAUGUGUUCUCUUUAGACCCAUAGCCCGCAUUAAUGUCAAUACCUAAUAUGCUCGAUAC